AAAUAUUAUGUUACUUUCAUAAUUGUUCUAAAUUUAUAAACAUAGUUUUGACUUGACCCGCUCACCUGUAUUACGAAACUGCACAAUACAGAUCUUUGGCCCACAGUCUUAUUACGGUAAACAACAGAAAUGGCAAAUAUAAGCUGUUUGCGUUAUUUAAAUAUUUCAUGGAAACUCAAUUGUUCAUAUCUCAUACAUUCGAAAAACGUAUUUAUUUAUAAAAGACUAUGCAGUAUUAGUGCAGAAUCCAGUUUACGUAAUUCCUAUCCAGACAGUACCCAGAUUCUCAAAAAAAAGCAAGUCAUUACAGAUUAUGUAAAAGAGGUAUCCCCAACUUUGAUGGACAGGUUUGGCCGAAAUCAUUCGUAUCUGCGUAUCUCUUUGACAGAGCGGUGUAACUUGAGAUGUCAAUACUGUAUGCCAGAAGAUGGUGUCAAGCUUACUCCAAACAGCGGACUUUUGACAACUGAUGAAAUAAUUACCUUAGCAAAACUUUUUGUACAAGAAGGUGUUCAAAAGAUAAGGCUUACAGGAGGAGAACCUCUCAUCAGAAAAGAUGUUGUUGAUAUAAUAGGCCGUCUGGAACAAAUAAAUGGUUUAAAAACAAUCGCAAUGACAACAAAUGGGAUUUUGCUUAACAGGAAGUUACCAGAACUGAAAAGAGCAGGUUUAGACCAGCUGAAUAUCAGCCUUGACACACUUGUUCCUGCCAAGUUUGAGUUUCUUACAAGACAACGGGGAUGGGAACAGGUUAUGAAGGGUAUUGACCAUGCUCUCCAGUUGGGUUACAGCCCAGUCAAGGUAAACUGUGUGGUGAUGAGAGGAUUUAAUGAAGAUGAGAUUUGUGAUUUUGUGAGAUGGACUGAAAAGAAAGAUCUCGACAUUAGAUUUAUUGAGUACAUGCCUUUUGGUGGAAAUGAAUGGAAUAGCAAGAAGAUGGUGACCUAUUUGGAAAUGCUAGAGACAAUCAAGAGAGAAUGGGCAAACUUGUCAAGAUUAAAAGAUGGACUAAAUGAUACUUCUAAAGCCUAUAAAAUCCCUGGUUGGAAAGGGCAAGUAGGAUUUAUCACAUCAAUGAGUGAACAUUUUUGUGGAUCAUGUAACCGUCUUAGAAUUACUGCUGAUGGAAAUUUAAAGGUUUGUUUGUUUGGAUCAUCAGAGGUGUCAUUGAGAGAUAUCCUACGAUCAGGGAUAUCUCAAGAACAUCUUUUAGAAGUCAUUAGUACUGCUGUUAAACGGAAGAAACCUCAACAUGCAGAUUACAUUAUGAAAUGUAGACAGUGUGAAAUCAGCAAUAAUGAUAACAUUUCAUCAGAAAAAUUCUACUGUCCUCUGUCACAUCCAGUGUUGCGUGUGAAUGAUGUUGAGAAAUUUGUUAAUGUUAAUUACAAAAAAUGGCUUUCUAUAUUACCCAUACAUAAGAGGUUUAUGCCUUGGAUAUCUAAUUGUUUACGGUAUAUGAAUAUCCUGAAAAUCUCGCAUAUCUCUUGGAAACUAUUUUAUAACAUACAGACAUGUAAUACAACAGCUAAAGACCGAACACCCACUACUGAUGGUGCAACAAAAAGUACUGAACUAACACACACUGAUCCAGAUGGUCGAGUACAGAUGGUGGAUGUGGGAGACAAACCUGAAACAAUUAGAAUGGCUGAAGCCAAUUGUACUGUUUGUUUAGGGCCUGUAGCCUUUCGUCUUGUAGAAAAAAAUCUAAUAAAGAAGGGGGAUGUUUUGACAACAGCCCAACUUGCAGGAAUCAUGGCAGCAAAGCAAACUUUUCAAAUAAUCCCUCUUUGUCACAUCAUACCUCUUCACAGUGUAAAUGUGAAACUCACUUUGAAUCCCAGUACAUUUGAGGUGAAUGUUAGAUCUGCAGUAAAGACUACAGCAAAGACAGGUGCAGAAAUGGAGGCUCUAACAGCAGUGAGUGUGGCAGCCCUAACAAUUUAUGACAUGUGCAAGGCUGUCACACACAGCAUAACAAUAACAAAUAUCCAGCUGAUAAGCAAAACUGGAGGAAUGCGAGGGGAUUACCAUUCUCCAUUUUCCUCUUAAUUUCAUAUUUCUGUUUUCACAAAAAUUUAUUAAAGUUACCAUUUUUAAAUUUUACUUUCUCAAGAAUGUUCUUUGAAAAAAACAUCAAGUCAAACUAACAAACAUACAGAACUGGAGAAAACAAAGACAACUGAAAUAACUUGUUUCUGAUGAUGUCUUUAUUGGCAAAUCCAUGGACAUAAUAAAUGAAAUACUUGGGAAACAUAUAAUUGUCUUUGUCUUCCUAAAUUCUGUAAUUAUGGAGUUUCACCAAGUACAGACAAUUUUAAGUACUAAUUAUAUUAAAUGAACAUGCAUGCUGUCACUUAUAUAAAACAAUAGUGUUUAAUUUCCUCAAAAUGUUGAAACAUUGCAGUAUCAUUUAUUAAUUACCCAACUGAAUGCCUGUAAGCUGUGAUUAAUUUUUCCUCUAACAAUUAAAUCUAAAUAAAUAUUUCAUGAACAUGCUUCCUAAAUGUUAUA